AACAGCCUUUAUUUUAUAUACCGGACAAGAUGAACGACUGUUUUAAAGAAAAUGUUGAGGAGGCCAUACGAACCCAUCGUAACAUUUUGUCAGAAGAGUCCCAGUUUGCAGUAAGUUUAAAACUGGAGGAAGGGUUGCCCAACAAAAUAAGCAUUCAGCAUCUGACUGCUAUUGGUGUACCAGUGUCCCUUAAUAAUGUCUCAAAACUUGUUCGAGAUGCUUCCAAGAGUAGUCCGAAAGCAGGCAAUUCUUCAUAUGUGAAGUAUGGACAAAUGUGGCAGAUCAGUAACUGUGAGGCACUUCAAGCUCAGAGCUCAAAGCUCUCUGACUUUCUACCAGAGUUAACUAAUAAAAUGUUAUUACUCAUGGGCCUAAACCCUUUGGUUGUAAAGGUCAAAACCAUCUUACGGGACUUCUUCAUUUGUGGCACUGAUGGCUUUGCAAAAUUUAAUUUCAAAGAAGAUAAUGCUGGAUUUAUGAAGAUGAUUUUACAAAUCCCAGUUGAGGGUGGACAUGAAGAAGGCCGAAUCAAAGUGGAACUUAACGAACAAAUACAGUUGUUCAACGUCUGUGAAGAUAGUGAUCGUCAUUACCACGUGACGGCUUUCUAUUCCGACUGCGACCAUCAACUGGAAAAGGUGACGUUUGGCUGGCGGUUGGCCAUGGUCUUUGACUUGGUACUCGAGGAGCAAAUAUUUCAUAACACCUUAUCCCCACCAGCGAAUCUCCAUUCCUUUCUAGCCAUCGGUCACAUUCAAGACAUUUUAACGCAGUGGACCACGAAUGAGAAUGAUUACCCCAGGAUGCUAGCCUUAGUACUUGAUCAUCGCUACAGUCCAACUCAGCUCAAUUUUCAUAGCCUGAAAGGCAGAGAUCGCCUUUUGGCCGGACUACUCCGAUCUGUUGAUAGUGUCGAUACGUACCUGAGUCACUUUCAAGCGCAUGGACUUACCAUUACCCUCUCGGACCAAGAAGACAGUGAAAACACGGAUUCAGACUGCCCUGAUUCCAGCUGCAUCUGCUACGUUUCCAAAGUUUGUAGCUGUCAUAAACGGGUGCGUCGGAGAGCCCAUCUGCAACCUAACCUGAGAAAUGGUGUCAAGAUUCUUAGCCUGACAGGUGUUGAUGGCAAAACAAUGGAAUGCGUUCCAAUCGAUGUCGACCUUGGUUCGGAAACGAUCCUUUUCAACCGAAACGUGUACAACACCCGUCCCACUGUAACCGUCUUCGACUGUGAAAAUAUGGUCUAUGAUGUCACCGACGGCCAUAAAGAAUUGGGUCUGUUGCGUUGGUUGCGGGAGCCGCGAGCUGUGCUGAUUAUCUUUCCCAAGAACUCUCUGAAAAUGUUCUUACUCGGCAAUUUCACGGCUGCGCUGGAUCGACUCGAAAUGCAUCCGGAUGUGAGAACCCUGAAUGCAGUAAUAACAUUCUGCCAAGGCUUUCCGGAACGAGUUUGGAUAGGCGCGAAUGACAGAGAAGAGCGAACGAGGCGUUUGUUAUCUCUUUGCGUUCGACUGAGAGCGAAAACAGAAGGUUUGAAGUUACUGGAAAUAUUGGCUUCGAAUUUCCCAGGAAGAGAGCAAGCCGAUUACGAAGGAAUCCGGAAUAAAGCAAUCGCCAUUGAAACCGCCAAUCUGAUCAUGGUUAUCGGAUGGAAUUCGGCUUCAAUCAUUUCUAUCGAAAAACUCUUGUCACUUAAGCGUAUCAAAGAUCAAAUGGAAAAUUUUGCUCAUUUUGCACUGGCCUUCUUCGAUCUCGGACUCCCUGAAAUCGGCAAAAAUAUCGGCAAUAGGCUCGUUGCAAUGCUGCAAAUCAAAACUUGCAGCAUGCUGCCUAAUUUGACCAUUUCCGCCAUUGUCGCCUGCACAUCCAUGAUUCUUCGCAUGCACCAAUUUGAUGGCGCUGGACUAUAUCGGAUAUAUUCUCUUUGCAUCGGACUUAAAUCACUUCCGCUCCAAAAGCUCUUCGCAGUGAUUGAAGGCAUUCAGAAAACAUGCAGCGUCUACCUGGAAAACAACCAGGUGUAUCAAAGAUUGCAAAGGGAUUUGCAUCGCCAUUUACUGUCUUGUUACAUUCCCGAAGAAUUGGUCGUGGACGUUAUGCUCUUCUAUCUGAAACUGGACGACGCUGUCUUGCUGAAGGAAUUUACCCAUACCAUCGCUACCCAGAGAACCGCAAUUGAGUUGAUCGUCUCCUCUCCUGAAAUUUGGAAUAAGGCUGUUACCACGCUGGGCGGCAAAUGGGCGCUAAGCUUUCUAGUCAACAUCCGCAUUGGCCACCUUGAGAAAAUGACUAUCCCGAUUUUCACGUGGAACCAAAAGAGCACGGCUUUCAUUGCCAAUGCUUUUUUGGAUGAUUUUUUCGCUUCGUCGUCUGUGAGGCACACUGUUAGCGGUUUCAAUAGCCGAAGCCAAGCAGAGAAAUGGAUUGAGCUCUUAUUUGGACCCGAUCAAGUCAAAUCUGGACACAGUGCUGAUGUCGAAAUUAAAUACCAAGACUCGAAGAUCGUUUGUGUCAUUACCAAAAAUCGGGAUUUGCACUGGCAUCACUUGAACAUGUUUCAUAAGUCGCGUGCGGAAUUGUUGGCUCUGCGUGAUCGACGCCGUCGAAGACUCGGUGAAGACGUUUCCAGUUUAAAAGUCGAAAUCUUCACAACAUCUAGCAGCUCUUCCUCAUCGUCGCCGAUCUCACCUCGUUCGUCUCCUCCAGCUGCGAAAUGGCCGCGCAUCAUCGACGAGGAAUAAUAAGUAUUUUUUGUUUUUUAUCCGUAAGAAUCUCAAAAUGAGUCGUGUUGUUGGUAAUAAGCGUCAAAUGUCGCCUUUUGUUUUCUCAUUCGUAGUUUGUAGAAUGUUUUUUUUAUCAUUUUUGGACAGUUUCAGUUUAACUCGUAUAUCUGCAUGGAAACCCUGUUCGAUAUACGUGGUUGAAAAAAUUGCAGGUUAUUGAAAUUGAUUUU